AGGCGAAGGGGAAAAAGAAGAAGGGGGGAGUGCUUGGCUCUUGUUUCUCCGCCAUGAGCGCAUCCCUUUCUACGACCAGGGCGCUUCCCUCCAGGACAGGCCCCGAGGAAGGCCUGGGCAGCCCCCUCGACGAAGAGGAGACAGAAGGUGCCAGUGAAAGGGAUCUGGCAAAGCACGACGAGGAGGAUGACGUCGAAAUGAAGGGACAGCUGCGUCAGGAGGAUGAAUUGGCCUCUCUCAAGAGGCAGCUGCCACAGCCACUCCAAGCAGGGACUCUGCAGGAAUACCAGCAAAGGUGGAAGAAGCUGGACCAGCAGGCCAAAGAGAGGCAGCGCCAGGCAGAGCUUUUCCUCCAGCUGGAAACAGAGCAGGUGGAAGGGAACUACCUCAAGGACCAGAAGGCGGCCCUGGAAGAGUUUGAAGACAAGAAAAUGGAGUUGAAGGAAAACUUAAUUGCAGAAUUGGAGGAGAAGAAAAAAAGGAUUGAAAGCGAGAGGUUAACCAUGGAGCUCACAGGAGAUUCCCUGGAAGUGAAGCCUAUCAUGACAAGAAAACUGCGACGGCGGAGGCCCAACGAUCCUGUCACCACCCCCGACAAAAAGAGAAAGCCUGCCCCUGCGCAGAUGAAUUAUUUACUAACAGAGGAGCAGAUCGUGGAGGAUUUGAGAAGGCUUCAUAAGCUCAACUCACCUAAAAGGCCAGCGUCCCCUUCGUCACCACAACACCUGCCGGCAACCCCUGCGGAGUCUCUGGCCCAGCGGUUUGAGGCAAGGAACGAUUCCAUCAGCGUCGCCUCCGGAAAAUCCUGCAAAUCUCUUGGGAAGACGGGUGGACAAACGUCAGAAGGAAGGGGCCACCACCAAGAAGGCCCCCUCUCUCGUCCCCACCAACUGUGCUUGUGAAGGGGCCACCACUGAGAAGGCCCUCUCUCUCAUCCCCACCAACUGUGCUUGUGAAGGGGCCACCACCGAGAAGGCCCCUUCUCUCGUCCCCACCAACUGUGCUUGUGAAGGGGCCACCACCAAGAAGGCCCCCUCUCUCGUCCCCACCAACUGUGCUUGUGAAGGGGCCACCACCAAGAAGGCCCUCUCUCUCGUCCCCACCAACUGUGCUUGUGAAGGUGCCACCACCGAGAAGGCCCCCUCUCUCGUCCCCACCAACUGUGCUUGUGAAGGGGCCACCACCUAGAAGGGCCCCUCUCUCAUCCCCACCAACUGUGCUUGUGAAGGGGCCACCACCAAAAAGGCCCCCUCUCGCGUCCCCACCAACUGUGCUUGUGAAGGGGCCACCACCAAGAAGGACCUCUCUCUCGUCCCCACCAACUAUGCUUGUGAUGGUGGUGGGAAGAAAAGGAGGGCCUCCCUGGAAGAUCUUAAAGUUUGCGCCAGUUCAUAGAGGGAGAUGCGAUUGCGAAGAUAGGCGGGGCCCGAACCGUUUAGGGCUUUAUAGGUCAUAACCACCACCUUGAAUUUGGCUCGGCAACUUAUCGGCAGCCAGUGAAGCUGUUUUAAAAGGGGCGUUGUAUGCUCCCUAUAGUUUGCUCCAUUAAGGAGCCUGGCUGCCGCCUGUUGCACCAGUUGGAGCUUCUGGGCCGUCUUCAAGGGCAGUCCCACGUAGAGCGCAUUGCAAUAGUCCAAUCUGGAUGUAACCAAAGCGUUGCCUCUGAAAAAUCCUGCAAAUCUCUUGAGAAGACAAGCAAACAAAUGUCAGCAUGCUGGAAAAAGCAAAGGCCACCAGCAUUGACGCGAUGGUCCUCUGCCACCAACUCUGCUGGACCGGCCAUGUUGUCCAAAUGCCCGACCACCAUCUCCCAAAGCAGUGGCUCUACUCCGAACUCAAGAACGGAAAACAGAAUGUUGGUGGGCAGGAAAAGAGAUUUAAAGAUGGGCUCAAAGCCAACCUUAAAAACUCUGGCAUAGACACUGGGAACUGAGAAGCCCUGGUUCUUGAAUCAUAGAAUCAAAGAGUUGGAAGAGGCCUCAUGGAACAUCCAGUCCCACCCCAUUCUGCCAAGAAGCAGGAAUAUUGCAUUCAAAGCACCCCUGACAGAUGGCCAUCCAGCCUCUGUUUAAAAGCUUCCAAAGAAGGAGCCUCCACCACACUCCGGGGCAGAGAGUUCCACUGCUGAAUGGCUCUCACAGUCAGGAAGUUCUUCCUCAUGUGCAGAUGGAAUCUCCUUUCUUGUAGUUUGAAGCCAUUGUUCCUUGUCCUAAUCUCCAUGGAAGCAGUAAACAAGCUAGCUCCCUCCUCCCUGUGGCUUCCUCCCUGUGGCUUCCUCCAGCUGGAGGUCAGCUGUGCUGCAGAAUUUGAAGAGGCACGAAUGGAGGGUGAAAGAGAGAAACGUGCCAAGAGGAAGGCGUGUCAAGCCAACCCUGACCGAGACUGCCUUCCACCUGGAAACCAAUGCCCUCACUCCGGAAGAAGAUGCAGAUCAAGAAUAGGGCUCCACAGUCAUCCACGAACCCACCGCCAGGACACCGAACUUGGAGGAUCAUCAUCCUCGGACUACGAGGGAUCGCCUAAGUAAGUCAGUAAGAAGAUGGCAAACUGUACUAGGACAAAAGAUGGUAUCACAAGAGCCAGGCGAUUUAUCUUGAGUCCAAGGAGAACACCAAAAUCAGCUGUGUCAUCAGCUCUGUGGGAGCCAAUGAGAUCUGGGUGCGGAAGACCAGCGACAGCACCAAGAUGAGCAUCUACCUUGGCCAGCUCCAGCGGGACGCCUUUGUGAUACGCAGGUGAUCAGCGGCGGGCCUCCUCCUUUUGUCAAAGACAAUCAGCUCUCCUGAAGACUCCCCCGGCCGUUCUGCUGCCAGCAUUGUUCCAACCUGCCAGGAAGCCCAAGCAAUGUCCUGGGACUUGGCUUGAGGCUUCUUUAGCUGAGCCUUUAUUGCUUCCAAAGACUAUUUAAAGAGAGUGUAUGCCUGAGUUCUCCUCCUUCUACACGGUGAAAAAGGUACCCUUUUGUAUCCUCAAGCUCAGUUGCCUUGAGGAGAUAAGACCCAGUAGGCUGUUGAAUGAGUGGUCAAUGAUUUAAUGCAUCACCUGUUGAAGUGCCAGUGUUUUGCCUUUGGGGACAUUGUUGGGAGUGUUUUUAAGCUCCUGCCGCAUCCUGGACUCCCUCUUGAUUCUGUACAUAGUGAACUCAAAGAAUGCCAUUUAUUUAUUUAUUUCGGGUACUUCUACCCCGCCCUUCUCAACCCCCUAAGGGGGACUCAGGGUGGUUUCCAACCGGCAUACGUUGAUGCCUACAAUUCAAACAAUAAAAUACAUAGUAACAAUAAUUAUAACAAUUAAAACAUUACAUUAAUACUAUAAAAAGCCAGCCUGGUGGCCAUCGUUUUGCCAAGUCUGUAAUUAAUAAAUUCAUUCCGCUUAUAGUCAUA